AAGGGGACAUAAGGUUUGAUAGUUGCAAAGUAGAUAUCCUAACAUUUAAAAGUGACUGCAGUUUUUGUAGGGUUGAGCUCAAGUGUACAGUUUCAGGAGUUUCAGGAGUGGUAACCGUCAGCCAGGUGAACAUGUUAAACCUGUUGGCUCUCGUCCUGAGAGCAGCCUUGCUGCUCCACCUGCUGAUGCGCAGCACAGAUGCAAAGAUGGAAAUAAUUUCAAGUAAGCAGGACUUUCAAGUUGGAGAAGAGAUCUUAUUGUUAUGUAAAGCUGGAGGAGAGGGAGAUAUAAUGUGGCGGAAGGAUGGCAACGAUAUAGAGGAUGAGGAAAUUGUGGUAAAGGUGGAUGAGGCCACAUCUAAAUUAAUCAUCAAGAAGGCUACAAUGGGGGAUACAGGACAAUAUACCUGUCAUUGUGACUUUGACGCUGGGCACCAAGAUCAUAUUUCCACAAGUGUGUUUGUUUACGAUGGUCCAUCAUUUGGUGACAACACUAACUACCAUGAGUUUCUGGAGGGCACAGAUGGGCAUGUGCCGUGCCUGGCGACUGGGAAGCCACGUGUGGACGUCAAGUGGUACAGACACAAGGAAGAAAUAGCUUCCAAUGGAAUGCGCAUUCAUACGAUGUCUGAUAACACACUCAGUAUUGAGAAAGUGACGAGGAAGGAUGCUGGGACUUAUGUGUGCCGAGCCAGUAUCCCGGGAAGGCCUGUUUCUAAAGAACUCCCUGUUUCCAUUGUUGUCAAUGUUCCUCCUACUGUCCACCUGAAAGAACAAGUGAAAAAAGUGAUCGCAGGGCCUCAAACCAACGUAACCCUGUUGUGUUUGGUGGAAGGCAUCCCGACACCCACUAUCAACUGGACCACGCCGGCGGUCUUUGAUACCUCCCGUUACCAGUUCAACUCAGACCUCAGCGAGCUGACUAUACAGUCUGUCGUCAGGGAAGACUAUGGAGAAUACAUCUGCACUGCUAGAAACAAAAUUGGGGAAGACACCUCCGUCAUUAUGCUUCACGUCUUUGUGGCCCCUGAGGUGUCUGUGUCAGCAGAUCAGAAACGUGCGUCAGUGGGUGAACGUGUACUUGUGACCUGUAAUGUGUCUGGUCAUCCUCAGCCUGAGCUGCACUGGCUCAACAAGCAAAAUGGACUCAAACUGGAUUCCACUUCAGGUCGUGUCCGUGUGGUGGAUGGCGUGCUGGAGAUUGAUGAAAUAGUGCCCUCUGAUGGUGGAUUGUACUCCUGCAUGGCUGUCAGCUCUUCCAGAAAUGCAUCGAGGGAUGUCGCGAUAUACACUCAGCCUGGCCCACCUCACUACCUCAACGUCUCUCCAGGACCGGCAUCAGUACUCUUCUCACUCAAAACUCUCCCUGUCAGCGGAGGAAUGCCAAUCACACACUUUUUACUGCAGUGGAAGAAAAAUGAGGCAGAACAGUGGAACGAGACUGUCGUCCAGGUUUCAGAUUCUUUGGCCAUCAGCUCUCUCCAGCCAUACACAACAUACACUGUACGUUUGGCUGCCUUAAAUGACAUGGGAAAAGGACAGUUCUCAGAUGCAAAAAGCGUCAAAACCCGUGGAAUUGGUGAACCAGAUAAACCAGAUCUGUUAACUGGGGAGAUGAAAGUUGAGGACAACUCCUUCUCAGUUCCUCUGAAACAGACUGAUGAAGGUGGAUCCACUCUGCUGCACUACAAACUUCGAUUCAGAAAGAAUGAAGAAUCUGAGUGGACAGAGAUGACGCUGCCCCCUGAGGCUACUUCUGUUGACCUCAAAGACCUUUCCUUUGCUUCGGGCUAUCAACUGGAAAUCUCGGCGGUCAAUGCUAAUGGUUCCUCGAUGCCUGCCACGUUCGACUUUACCAUUGCAGAAAUGCCUGUGAGUUUGACUAAAGGCACUGUGGUUGGCAUCGUCAUGCUCAUCUUCAUCGUGGUGUUCUUGGUGGUAGACGCCACCUGCUGCUACAGAAAUCGCUGUGGACUUCUCAUGACCAUUGCUGUGAAACUGUUUGGACAGAAAGUUCCAGGCCUCAAAAUGAUGGAGGACGGAGAUGGAACCGCUAAAGGAGAAGUAAAGAUGAAAGGUAUAUCGACAGCAGGUGAUAGUCUGCAGCAGUCCGGGUGUCAGACAGCCGGCAAAGAGGCUGGUCAGCUCUCUGAGGUUACAUGCGACAAAGCCUCCCUCACCAAAAAUGAGAAAAUGCAACUUCCUCUUGCUGAUGCAUGAGACAAGAAACUGGUGAAAGAAAAUGUACAAACGAGAGAUAAUGUACUGCAGAGAGAAGAAGAGAAGCCAAAUGAUCUGAGCUACUGUGGAUGAGGUCAGAAUUCCUAACACACUGUAGGAAGCUGACAGAUUUGGUCAAAGUGUGUUUAAAAGGGACACAUCCAGCCCUGUGUGCAGUUAUAGUGAGGGGACCAUGAACCUGUGUUUGGCCUUUUUUUCUUUUAUUUUGCAGGGUCAUGUUGACGUCUGUGUGAUACAGGGCAAAAUCACUGCUACUACAGUAUGUAAUCCUUGAAAAACCUUUUGUGUAAAACUUUUAAAAGGCGCAGUAAAUGUUUACUUACUGUAUUUCUGGGUUCCACUGUUUUCCUUUUUUCAUCGAUACCAACUUUGUAUCCUCACUGCAUUGCGGCAGCUCUUUUUUUAAUUAUGUCAGUGAUUUAACAUAUUUUUAUUAUACGACUCUGAAGCUCAUUGUAAAGUAAUAUGUGUUGAUAUUUAUUUGUUCACUUAAUUCUACAAGUGUUGGUUAUUGUAAGGGGGUUUGAAAUUAAUCUGAUUUAAAUUGUGAUUUUGUAGCUAGCUCUGCUGUUUACUUUUUUAAGGAAAACAUUUAGGAUGGUUAACGCAGGCCGUUUAAAUGACCAGUGGCAAUACCACUUCUGACCACACGGGGCAGCAUAUUAUAAGAACCCAGUAAAUCUUUUUGCCCCCGUGUGGUCAGAAGUUGUAUUGCUACACAGAGUGACUAAAAGUACCUAUGAUAAUAGUUAUUGUGUAAAAUACAUUUACUUACAGUCAAAUAUAAGUUAUUUUGUAUUUAAACCUGAAUCAUCAGUCAGCAAAUCAGUACAUUACAGCUGAUCUGUGAACAAACAGCAUGUUUGCAGAUUCCGAAACGACAGUAUAUCAAUGAAGUAUUUUGACUUUGUUGUAAUUCUUUAUUUUACCACUGUACAAGGUUAUGCAUACACAUGUUGCAUUUUUCACAACUAUGUUGGAUACAUUUGUAAAACAGCUUCAUGUCUUUUCAUUUUGCUCACCACAUGAAUGUGUUUAGUCAUGUAGCUCUGACAAACAGUAAAACCAUGAAUACAGA